AUGGGCAGGUAUUCUAAGUUAACGCCCAAGAUUCCUGUGUGUCUUUUGCUGCAGGCUACUUUCUACGAGGACAGGAACUUCCAGGGUCGUUCCUAUGAGUGCAGCAGCGACUGCAACGACAUCCACACGCACCUGAGCCGCUGCAACUCCUGCAGGGUGGACAACGGGUGCUUCGUGGCAUACGACCGCCAAAACUUCAUGGGUAAUCAGGUCUUCUUGAGGAGAGGGGAGUAUUCAGAUUUCCAGCGCAUGGGGAGCAUGACGGGUAUGAUGGGCAUGCCCAUGAUGGACACCAUCCGCUCCUGUCGCAUGAUCCCCAUGCACAGGGGGCAGUUCAGGAUGAAGAUCUUCGAAAGGGAAAACUACGGCGGCCAGUCACAUGAGCUGAUGGACGACUGCGACUCUCUCCAAGAUCGGUACAUGAUGUCCGACUGCCAGUCCUGCAACGUGAUGGACGGCCACUGGCUGAUGUUCGAGCAGCCCUACUACAAAGGCCGCAUGAUGUACGUGAGGCCAGGAGAGUACAGGAACCUGAGAGAUACGGGCUCCAGCAACAUGAUGAGGAUCAGCUCCAUCAGGCGCAUCACUGAUGUAUGCUAG